AUGAUUCAGCUCCAUGGCAUAACUAGCGCCGACGAAUCGCCACACAUCUCAUCCGAAAAAGAUGCAGCAUUGGCGGUGGUGAGCGAGUUCGCCCAAGAAAUCGAUCCGGUGGUGGAAAGGAGGGUUCUGCGAAAAAUCGAUUUAUAUUUGAUGCCUGCUAUGCUUAUCGGCUAUGGCAUGGUCUACUAUGACAAGGCUAUCUUAGGUAGCGCCACGCUCUUUGGCAUGACAACCGACUUGGAAUUACUAGUGAAAGACUAUUCCACCUCUCCUCCAUCUGCUGAUACUUCACGGCUCAGCUGGGCAACAUCAAUCUUUUAUUUCGGAAUGCUUGCGGGUCUCUACCCAAUGACAUUUAUCUUGCAAAGGUUUAAUACUCGAACUGUCCUCGGUCCGGUUGUUCUGACAUGGGCCAUUGUUUGUGCCGCCACCGCUGGUGUGACAACCUGGCAAGGACUUUUCGUGCAACGAUUCUUCCUUGGCUUCAUCGAAAGUGUUAUUCCUACGGGAUUCAUGACCAUUGUCAGCGGAUGGUACACACAAGAGGAGCAGACUCUUCGACAGGCAUGGUGGUUCUCUGGAACCGGUUGGUUCACUAUCAUCGGUGGUGCACUGAACUAUGGAUUUGGCCAGAUCACAUCUGGAUCAUUGAGAAGAUGGCAAUACAUCUAUAUUCUGGCUGGUGCCUUGACCUUCUUGUUUGGCCUCUGGUGUUGCACUAUGCCUAAUUCUCCGGUUUCUGCCUGGUUCCUAACUAAGGAAGAACGAGUGGUUGCUGUGGAGAGACUGCGCAAGGGUCAAACUGGUGUUCGGUGCCAGAAGAUCAAGUUUGAUCAAAUCAAAGAGGCUGUGAUGGACGUUAAGCUCUAUCUGGUGGCUAUCAUGAUGGCGUCAGCGUACACUAUCAAUGGUGCUAUCUCGGGCUUCGGGCCGUUGAUUGUUUCCACCUUCGGCUAUGAUACUCUUCAUUCAAUUCUAUUUCAGUUUCCCGUCGGCGCCAUUUGUGUCGUUUUCAUUCCUCUCUGUGGUUAUAUCCCUACUGUCGUCCCCAACACCCGCAUCCCAUUGCUCAUUACCUGCUGCCUACCCGUCAUUGCUGGCUGUGUGAUGAUUUGGAAAUCCCAAUGGGGAUACCAUCCAGUUACUCCAGUCGUUGGCUAUGCGCUAACUGGCUUCUUUGGGCCAGUAGUCAGCUUGAUCAUCACAAUCGGAGCUAGCAACGUCGCUGGUGCCACGAAGAAAACCGUCAUGGCAGCAACCGUGUUCGUGGCUUACACUGUCGGCAACAUCAUCGGGCCGCAGCUUGUGAAAAGCAACACUAAGGCAGAACAUUACCCAGAAUUGUGGACUGGCAUGAUCAUCUGCUACUGUAUCACAAUUGCUGCCGCAGUCGUGUUAUAUUUGGUCCUUCGGCGGGAAAACCGAAUCCGGGAAACAUUGGAAUUGGAUGAGGUGCAGCGAGACAAGAUUGCAUUCGACGAUCUCACCGACAAGCAGAAUCCAUUUUUCCGAUACGCAUUAUAA